AUGUCCAUGGUAGUAUCUUUUAGUGCCAAAGGACAUGCGAACCGUCGCUUGCUGACCGACAAGCUCCAAGACUCCAACGGUGAGCCCAUCAAGUCAUGGAACGGUGAGCCUCUGGAUGUCUUGGAGCAGCUAAAACGUCUAUGCAACGACCAGCCCUUGACGGUUCAUGACGCACUGAGCGCUCUCAUCAAUUUAUGCGACACGCCAUCAGUGGCAAUACGUAUUGGUGACAACGACUUUCUCGCAUUCCUCGUGGCGUACAUUGGGGACUCUGUGUCGCUUUUGGCAGAUCUGGCCUGCAUGCUCCUAUCUAAUCUCACCAAAUUUGAUGCCAUCAGCUCGCGACUUCUCGAUCUUGAAGUGGAAGACCGGCCUUUUUAUUCGUUCCUAUCCCCGCUUGACCUGCAAGUUUCGUUGAGUGGUAUGGAAGCAGAUCCAUCUCAGCCAGAUUAUGAGGCCAAGAAGAUGGCUGCUGAGGCGGCUACGAAGCGCAUUGCCGAGUCAAUGCACGCUGAUCACACAGGCAAAGUACCCGCUCUUGUGAAAUUGAUCCGCGCUUUUGAAGAAGGCGCCACCGUCGAGUCAAGCUCAGCCAGUGGUGCAAACAUGCGCUCGCGCAUUGAAUCGUCAAAAAAUGAGGGAGACACUGGUAAGCCUGUUGAAAUGGACUCGGAUGGGCGGCCCGUGCUUAAGCGCCGCUCUACGUGCAAUUUUCUCGCCAGUGUAUUUGCCAAUGUCACCGUGCUUCCCAAAGGCCGCGAAUUCUUUGUGGCCCCUAUGGCAGGUGCCAAUGCGCAGAUGGCGGAUGCCUAUCCGGUCGGUCGCAUUAUGGUAUAUACGGAACACGCCGAUUUGAUCCGUCGUGGCGGCGUCAUUAGUGCCCUAAAAAACGUGCUCUUCGUCAAGCACGCACACAAGCUUCUCCUUGCGCCAGCACCAGGUGCCAUGGACGAAGAUCGCCCCUCCCUCGAUAUUCUGCCCUACAUUCUGAUGCCACUCAUUGACGGCCACGAGCUCGCCAAAGUCGACUUGGAGGACCAGGAGUCACUGCCGGAAGCAUGUCAGCUUGUCGACGAGAGCAAGCCUCGGGAGAAGGACAGCGCUUUGCGUCUCAUGCUUGUCGAGUCAUUGCUGCUUCUUUGUACAUCGCAUUACGGACGCGAAAGCCUGCGUAAUCGUGGCGCGUACAUUGUCGUGCGUGAGGCGCACUUGGCCGAGCCUAAAGAGCAGAUCACAGAGGCGAUUGUCAGGCUUGUGAACCUACUCAAACGUGAUGAAUCUGAGUCGUCUCUGAAAGAUGCAGAAGUCGACAUAGACCUGCCUUCUUCGGAUGGCGGCGAGCACGAUGAGGACUUAGUCAUCGAGGAGCUGUAA